UGUUGAAUUAAAGAAAAAAGAUAUUCUUUGUAGACUUAUCCCUACGGUAUUGGCUAUGCUAUAACAAACUCUAUACUCUUAACAGAAUUGAGGAGAGGUGAAGAAGAUUAGUAAAUUCCGAAGUCAUCCUCCAGAGAAAAUGGCUAAUUACUCCAAGGCUCACGUUUGCCAGUGCUUGAGCCGGCUAUCGACGGCUCGCCGGAGCUCAACGGUGAUGAUAAUGGGAGAGAGGAGGAAGACGGGUAUGGAAUUUGUUGAGGGAGUUUUGGGCCUGGCCCAUGGGCUUAUUCAGCUGGGCCUUAAGCCCGGUGAUGUCGUUGCCAUUUCCGCUCUUAACAGUGAUCUGUAUUUGGAGUGGUUACUGGCAGUUGCAUAUGUAGGAGGAAUUACUGCACCUUUCAAUUACCGUUGGAGCCUGGAAGAAGCAAGAGAAGCUCUUCAGGUAGCAAAGCCAACAAUAUUGGUCCACGAUGCAACCGGUAAUUUCUGGAAGUUCGAGUCCUGUGCUAAUUCUGUGCCUUCUCUAAGGUGGCAAGUCCUAAUGGAUACUCCUUGUGAAGUUCAUAGCACUAAUAUUGGAUUAACUACUGAACAGCUGAAAAGAAGUUGCAAAAGGCAUUUAACAGAAGACUACCUGUGGGCACCUCAGGAAGCAGCUAUAAUAUGCUUUACCUCAGGGACCACAGGGAGGCCAAAGGGAGUUACCAUAAGCCACUCAGCUUUGGUGGUGCAAUCCCUUGCAAAAAUUGCAAUUGUUGGUUACGGUGAGGAUGAUGUCUAUUUACAUACUGCACCACUGUGCCACAUUGGUGGUAUAUCAUCAGCCGUGGCCGUGCUAAUGGCAGGAGGUUGUCAUAUUUUACUACCAAAGUUUGAAGCUAAAUUGGCUGUUGAAUCCAUAGACCAGCAUAAUGUUACUUCUUUCAUUACAGUUCCAGCUAUGAUGGCUGAUCUAAUCUCUUUUUAUAGGACAAAUCACAUAUUUGUAAGGUACAAAUCUGUGAAGAAGAUUCUUAAUGGAGCUGGGGGUCUUUCAUCUGAUGUUAUCCAAAAUGCGAUUGAGAUAUUCCCGAGGGCUAAACUUCUUUCAGCUUACGGAAUGACCGAGGCAUGUUCUUCUCUGACUUUCAUGACUCUUUAUGACCCGGCGAGAGAGAGUUGUAUCCAGCAUUCUUAUGCCAACAGCUCCAAUUUGGCACAUAAACCAGAUGGUAUCUGUGUUGGAAAGCCUGCUCCACAUAUUGAAAUAAGGAUUUCUGGGGAUGAUUCAUCUGGAAUAGGGAGGAUUUUGACACGAGGUCCCCAUGUAAUGCUUGGAUACUGGGGUCAAAUGCCAAGCAAUAAUUCUUCUCCAACUGAUGAAUGUUGGCUUGACACUGGUGAUAUAGGGCAUAUAGAUGAUUGUGGAAAUAUCUGGCUCAUUGGACGCUUGAAGGGCCGAAUAAAGAGUGGGGGCGAAAAUGUUUAUCCUGAAGAGGUGGAAGCUGUCUUAUUGCAACAUCCAGGGAUUUCUGCUAAUGUUGUUAUUGGGCUUCCCGACUCUCGCUUGACCGAAAUGGUUGUUGCCUGUAUUAGGCUGAAAGACAAUUGGCAGUUGACUGAUUCAAUCUCUAAUCAUCCGGUUAACAAGAACGAACAUUGUUUGUCCAGCACUGUCCUCCAGAACUUCUGUAGAGCGAAAGAUUUAACAGGGUUCAAAAUACCCAAGAAGUUUGUGGUAUGGAAAAAUCAAUUUCCAGUGACAACAACUGGGAAAUUAAGAAGAGAUCAAGUGAGAGCAGAACUUAUGUCUUAUAGGCAGUUACCACCCAGCAGACUAUGACUCCGCCCUAUUCUUCUCUUGCGUUUGCUUGAACGGCUAAUUGCAUGGUAAGAGAAUACAUUAGAAUGAAACAAAUACUGGGAGUUUUAUCAGAUGGUGCUGGGAAAAUAUGCAGCUGUUCCUCACAGCAUAUUAGGCAUUUAAUUCUGUACCUCAGGUUAUUUAAUGUAUCUGUUAUUUUCCCAUUAAGUUGUGUCCUACAAGAUACUAUUUUUUGUUUUAUUACUCAUAUAUACCCAUACAGAUUCUUCUUUGUUCUCUAUGUAACAUCAAGUUGAAUAACAUCCCGAUUCAUUGAAACUGAAUAAUC